GUUAGUUGUACUACGUAUCCGCUUCUAAUUCAAAACGAAUCACGUUCGAUCGUAAAACCAGUGAUGUUGUCCAGACGAUAGUAACGUCUUGAAUUCGGUGUUUUGUAAAACACGAUACAUUGAUUUCAUUAGGAUUUUACAAUGUGUGAUUAGAGAUUUUAUUGUGACAGUGAACAGUGGUUUUAGAAUUUAGUGGAAAUGUGGUUUGUGUUAAAACUGGAUUAGUGCAUCUAUCUUGAAUUGGAAUAGACAGGCGAGUUGUAACAGGAACAAUGCCCGAUAGAACAGUGUAGUGACCGAAGUUUAGUGAAACCAUAAAAAGUGUCAGUGAUGUGCAGGUGCCAUUUUAGUGCAGUGUAUCUUAUCGAUAGAUACCGAUAGUGUUGUGCCACGAUGCUGCCAUCCCAAGCACAAGUUGUGCCUUGUGUGUUUAUCUGUUUGUUGCUGCAAUACUGCGUUGAAAGUCAACAGGAGAUUCUUAUUGAGGAGUCAUCUGCGAUCGAGUCGUUCCACGCACCGACUGGAGGCACUGUAGAGCUACCCUGUGACGUCACACCCGCCCUGCCAGACGACAAAAUGGGCCUCGUAAUAUGGUACAAGCAGGGCCAUGAAACACCAAUAUACUCAUUCGACACCCGGGAAGAGAUGUCACAUUACUCAGACCCAUCCAUAUUGGGUACAAGAGCCAGCUUCCGCAGCGAAACGAGACCUGCUGUGCUAGUUCUCACCAAAUUAAGACCAGAAGACAGUGGUCAGUACAGAUGCAGAGUGGACUUCUUAAAAUCUCCAACGAAGAAUACGAGACUGAAUCUUACUGUGCUUAUACCACCAGAAAGACUGAUCAUCCUCGAUCACUCCGGCAAGGAGAUCAGGAAUGGCAUCCUGGGUCCGUAUGAUGAAGGCACCGAGGUCAAUAUCACAUGCAUCGCAGUUGGAGGGCGUCCCACCGCAAGGGUGUCAUGGUGGAAAUCUCACGAACUCCUAGCCAAUUCAGAGGCAAGAGCCACAGUCUCGUUCAGGCUUCGAAGGUCGGAUCUCAGCACGCAUGUUACCUGUCAGGCCGUGACGGAUCCUUCAAUAUCGCCAGUCUCCGAAAAUAUAUCAAUAGACAUAAACUUACACCCACUUUGGGUCAAACUGCAAGGCGGGAAGCGACCCCUGGUGGCCGGACAGAGCACCGAUCUAGUCUGCCAAUCAGUGGGCGCCAGGCCGAAGCCUACGAUAUCCUGGUGGAAAGAUGGCAGUAGACUGAAGACAGUUAAAGAGACCACAUCUCAAGAUGGCAAUGUGACGAGCAGCAUCCUAACAUUUGUGCCAGCCAUCACUGAUGCCGGAAAGGACCUGACUUGCAGAGCACUCCAGCCCUCGUUAUCUCGGUUACCUCAAGAGGACGGGUGGAAGAUGGAAAUACAACAUUUGCCUGUGGUGAAGUUAGAGUUGGGAGCAAACCUCGACGCUACCAAAGUUGUAGAAGGGUCCGAUGUAUAUCUAGACUGCAGAGUCAAGGCGAACCCAUCGCACAAUCACGUCUAUUUCAUGCACAAUGGUAUAGUUGUGAAGCCCGGAUCUGGAGUCUUGCUUGCCAAUCAGAGUCUGGUCUUGCAAAGAGUAUCCAGGAAGGCCGCUGGUGGUUAUGUUUGUGCAGCUAGAAACAGUCUAGGAGAAGGGUCCAGCGACACUCUUAUUUUAGACGUUAAGUAUUCUCCAACAUGCAAGUCAAGUCAACCAUUAGUGUUGAGAGCAGCCAGAGGGGAAGUAGUUGAAAUUGAAUGUGAAGUGGACGCCAAUCCUAAGGAAUCAAUGGCCUACCACUGGUGGUUCAACAGCUCCGCACACAUCAAACACGAGUUAACUAAUUCACCCAUCACGUCUUCACAAAACGCGCCCAGUACAUUCAUGUACAUGGUCAACACAUCAUCCGACUACGGCUGGGUCCAAUGCACAGGAAUCAACUCAGUUGGAAGGCAAACAAAGCCGUGCCUCUUCCAUAUAUUACCUGCUGACAAGCCAUCGACGGUCAAAGCGUGCGAAAUAACCAAUGUGACGUAUGACUCACUAACCUUAAACUGCACGCCAGGUCACGACGGCGGCAUACGACAAUCAUUUCUAUUACAAGUGUUCGAUAUGACAACGGGCCUGCUCCUACGCAAUAUUAGCAACGAUGAACCAGAGUUUGAAGUGUCGGGUCUCGCCGCCAGCAACGCUCUCGCGGUGUCCGUGAGAGCGUUCAACAAGAAGGGGUCCAGCGAGCCCCUGACCUUAACGUCGAGCUUACUGAAAUAUCCGCAGCGGCAUACGGCACAAGUUCCCGUGAAGGUGGAAUUAACGACGGUGCUCAUUGUGGUGCUGGCAGCUGUAGGCAUCAUAGCUGCCAUGACCGCUAUUUCCGCCACAAUUUUCUGUUGUAGAUACUGCAAUAGACGAGACAGGAAGAACGAGAAAGACAAACGAAGGCAAGACGAGACGUCCAAUAUACCACUCACGGGUACCAAGGAAUCAGAAAGCGUGGACAGUCUAGACAAAAACCCUGAUAUCAUACCUCUAGAUGGUAAAAUAAGUGAUAGUUGCUCAAACAAAUCAUCAACUACAGACUAUAGCUCAAUAAGACCGCUUAUAUCAAAAACACCAUCAGAAAAAUACGAAGCUACCAACUGCGAUAGAUUUUAUGACCAUAACAUAGACCCCUGCAGCCAAUAUAUACAAGUUCGACCAAUGGACUAUCGGAUCCGACCGACCUAUCAGACGAACUUGGCGCCGAUGCCCAACCUUGGGCCAAGUAUACAAAGUUUGGGACCAAUGAGCAGUCUGCAUAUGCCAAAUGUUGGUGCAAAUGAUUGCCAUAGACAACCUUAUGAUAAAGUGUAUGAGGAUUGGUUGAAAUAUAAGAAUGCAUUACCAUUGAAUACUACUGGUUUGCUGCCAGUAGAACAGCUGAUGCCACCUGAAUUAUACUCCACUCCACCACCACCAGCUUUAUACAGCAACCCAAACAGGAAUCCACUAAAUCUAACUCAAAUGCCGGAGCUGGAGCCCCGGUACACCCUGGACCCGAGGCUGCAGAAGCAGGACUCGAGGAGUUGUUCCAACUCCCCGCCAGUUAGAUUUAACACUGAGAAUAACAGUGUUUAUUAUAGUAAGAACAUGUUGGACAGGCCGACAAACACACUACCGCAUUUGAAACCGUCUAGGUUAAGUGGAAACUCUACAAAUUCACACAGUGAACAGAAAACUAGUGCAACGAAAUCAACCGAGACCAAUUUAGAACAAGUCAAAAUUGCCAAUCACGAGUGCGGUUGAGCGAUGCACAA